GUAAAUUGUAGUAGUGUGAUGGCAAUAUAGGGGUGUAAUGGUGGAGUGUGGUGGUGGACCACCAGUCAAAAGUGGUCUGUGGUCAACACCGCCGACUAGCGGAGGUGCUCCGACGACUGGAGGCAGAGCUCCGGUGGCAAUAGGGCAUGACAGUUGGCAGUACGACAGUGUUGCAGUGGCACUGUGAACCUGUAUUUAGGUCACAAAAAGAAUGCUACUCUUAUUUUGGUAUUUUCAUUGUCUUUUGCUUCUGUUUAGAGAGUUCUCCCAGUGCAUUAUUUAUUAUGGAGUAAUUUUAUAUUUACUUAUUUUGCUGCAGUCAACUGUCAGGGUGGAUAUUUUGGAGAAGUGGCCAGAGCUACUGGUGACAUAAGAAGGUAAAGAAUGAUGCAUUGUUAAUGAACUUUACAUUUUUAUUUUUUUAACUUUUCAGUUUUUCACUUUCUCUUUUAGGAAAUAAAUAUGUGAACAUCUUCAAUUCUCUCCUCUACAUAAAUUUCAAUCACACAAUUUUCACUUUUCACCAAAAAUCAUCCAGUUUUUUAUAUUUUCUCAAACUCCCUGAAGUCAAUUCGUAAGGUUCUUAUUAAGACGGAGGGAGUAAAUAAAUAAAAUUUGGGUAAUUUUUGGAUGCCAUUUUCUAAUAAUAGUAAUUAUAAGAGACAGACAAGUGCUAGAUGAGGUAGAGAUACGAGAGUUGCUUAUAGAUCAAGUUGGUCACCGUUGCUGUUGGGGAAGUCGUCCUGCUCGAACCUGGAAAAUCCAUGCAGUAGAGGACUGCAACGUAUACGCCGGAACUCUUGACACUUUCAUGGAAGAGAGGGAAACAACCACAGAAACAGAGCCAUACUUUGGUGGCAGCAUUGAAGGACAUGAUAAAAAACCUGAAGUGGGAUUAUGGGAAUUGGAUUUAAGGUCUGAAUUUCCUGUCUUCUUCACACCUUAUAAAGAAUCACGUAUAAGAGUUCCUCACUCUGAAAUUAUAGGAAAAUGCCCCGGUAAUGGCCAAUUUAUUUAUCAAUUUCUUUUUUGCUUUUAAAAAAAAUCAUGAAAGUGUCUAAUGUUUGCCUUCUCUGAAUAUUUAUUUUAUAUAUACUAUUGGCUUCAAAGGCUGUCAUGGACGAGGAAGUGUAGUCUGUCCUACUUGUAAUGCAGAUCAAGAUCCCGGAUUCUAUAGGGAAGGCCAAACGUCUCAAUGUCCCAUGUGUUAUGGGAGAGGCCUUAUUGCUCAUAAAGAUGGAUCUGACACUGUAUGUCAAAAUUGUAAAGGUAACGGAAAACUUUCUUGCGCCACUUGCGAGUCGCGUGGUCUGAUGAAAUGUCAGACCUGCCAGGGCAGUGGCUCCAUGGUGUCACGCAAAGUUGCUGUGGUCAGGUGGAAGACGGUGUCGGCCCGGAAAGUGAGUGCCGCCAGCGGAGCAGCCUCAGUGCCGGACGACGUCUUCCACAGAGCUAAAGGAGUUGAGUUGUGGAACAACCAAGCAGCAUACCAGUGCACUCCUGCCCAUUUCUCAGACUCAUAUUUCCUCAACAGGUUCUCAUCAGAAGUAAUUGCAGAGAGGGGCCCGGUGCCGCCCCUUGCGAGGGUCAUAUGCGAGAGGCAUGUCAUAUCUGUCGUCCCAGUGACACGCGUGACCAUGACCGCGCAUCACCGGAACCGCUCCUUCAGCUUCUAUAUAAUUGGACACCGGAGGGAGGUGUACCUACGGGACACCGACUACCCUUCAACGUUUUGCUGGGGUCUGUGCCCUUGCUUUGAUUGGUUGUAACCAAUGUAUACUCAGAGGUUGCAGCUUUUGCUGGGGUCUUAAGUAGCUGGGUUUUUGAAGGCUCUCUCACAAAUGUCUUGAGGUAGUAAUGGAUAUCUAUUAAGUGGCUCCAGGGUUUUAGACUCAUGCAGGCAAAGAUGGCCAUUAUUGCCCUGAUACCAAUUUCUUAAGGUCGCAACUCUAGGAUCUCGUCCAGUACGGAUCAUCGACUUUCUUCUUGCCGGGGCUUGCAAAGGGGAACAAGGUCGUGACUCGUUCCUAGAAAAAUUGUGUUUGCUAGUGGCAUUACUCUCUCUGUCCAUAAAUUUCUUUUUCCAUUUGAGUGUUUACAAUCUCUCAUAUAAUACUAGCCCUGAAAAAUGAAUAAAUAAAAUUAGUCUGGUCCA